AUGGUUGCGACCUACGAAGACGACGCCGUCCUUAAUCCGAUUUAUCCGCUUCUGAUGCCAUCGGAUAAGAAGGAUACGGCAACACUGACCUACAGUCACCAGGGCAAGGCCACCGUCCUAGAACUGAUCCGAAGUCAAGGUGGGCCAACGACCGGCGGGUGCGAGCAGUACCGGGAGAGAUCCUCCGAUUUGGACCACAUAGAACUGACCAACUGUGAUGGCCGCAUCCGGGCGACACUGGAACGAUCGGAAGGAACGUUCCAGAUCCAGUUUGACGAAUCGAGCGGGGUGCACUUUUUGCGAAGACUGCAGAUACCAAACCGACAUCCGUCGGUGAAGCGUCGAACUAGGCGGAACCAUUUUACCACCAUCAAGGGACCUUAUCAGGCCAACCGACACUCGAGGUACGUGGAGUUGCUGCUCGUGGUCGACAAUUCGCUCUACCGGAAGCUGAACCGUAACGAAUGGCACGUGAAGGAAUACUGUGCAAGUCUAGUGAAUCAUAUCAAUAUGCUAUACAACCCACUAAACAUCUUCAUCGCGCUCACCGAGAUAGUGAUAUGGAGUGAAAAGGAUCAAAUCAACGUAUCCCAGCGAGCGGAAGACACACUCAAAGACUUCCUGGACCACCGGGCUCGGGUACUGUUGAAUAAAUACCCCCAUGACCACGCACAGCUACUGACGACGGUCGAGUUCCGGGAAAAUGUAAUCGGCAAGGCGAAGGUCGGUGGUAUGUGUUCGGACCAGAGUUCCGGUGCAAUCGUGCGGAUACACACGGAAACGCUAGGCGUACAGGCUAGCACCCUGGCGCAUGAGAUGGGCCACAGCUUCUCGAUGGAGCAUGAUGAGGACGCGAACUGUACCUGUCCGGCCAAGCGUUGCGUCAUGACCCAUUCGGUGACGGGCUUGCCGCUGCAGCACUGGAGCAACUGUAGUGUGGAGCAGCUGGCGAUGGGCUUUAGCCGAGGUCUACACCAUUGCCUUAGGAACCGUCCGUCCCAGUUGGCGGUGGCGAGUUGUGGCAAUGGGUUUGUCGAGGCGGGCGAGGAGUGUGAUUGUGGGCUGGAGGAGGCGUGUGAGAAUCACUGCUGUGAUGCGGCCACGUGCCGGUUGCGGGAGGAGGCAGAGUGCGCCACCGGAGACUGCUGUGAUCUAGCCACUUGUCAACUGCGAGAAGCGGCCAUUCCUUGCCGGGUUGAACGAGGUGAAUGUGAUCUUCCCGAGUACUGUACCGGCCGGUCGGAGUAUUGCCCCCCGGAUGUGCACCGACGGGACACGGAAGUGUGUGCCGGUGGAGAAGCAUACUGCGUCGGGGGACAGUGCAGGACCCGAACGGAACAGUGCCGGGCCCUGUGGGGUCCAUCGGGACGCGCUGCCAGUGAGUCCUGUUACGCGAGCAACUCGCACGGCACCAAGUAUGGCAAUUGCGGGUAUCAGGGUCGUCCAGUAGAGAGUUAUCGAAAGUGUGAUACCGCGGACGUACUCUGUGGAGUGCUCUUCUGCCAUCACCACAAACAAGAGGAGGAGCUAGAACUGGGUGUGUACAAUGGGGAUCAACGGCACAACGUCAGAAAAGGCAACGAAACGAAAAGGUACGUGGUAUGCCAUGCGGCGUACGUAGACCUGGGGCCUGACCAACGGGGCCAAAUUCCAGCGUUCGUGCCUGAUGGAGCACCAUGUGGCGAUGGAAAGAUGUGCUAUCGGCAGCAUUGUGAAACAAUCGAGAGGCUAAACGCGAGGGGAUUAGGAGGAAAGCACUGUACGCACAAUUGCUAUGGACGAGGGGUUUGUAACAGUGAGGGUCAUUGCCAUUGCGAUCCCGGUUUCGAUCCGCCGUAUUGUGAGCACGCCGGAGUAGGUGGAUCCCUCGAUAGUGGGCCUGCCUCAUCUGGACCGGGUCCUCUGUGGCAUUUACUCACCGUAUCGGUCCUGGUGGUGCUCGUUUCCAUUCUCCUCUUGGUGUUGAUGGUGUUGUACGCCAGGAGUCGCCAGUGUCCUUCGGCAGCCGCUUGUACACGGUGGAAUAGACGCCCGUGGCGGUUAUAUAAGGUGCGUGGAACAAGUCCACGGGAACCGGUGAAUGCUGCCUCCAUACAACAUAACCACAAUAUCCACCUUAUCAGAGGCAGUACGAUGGUCCGACGAGAAAUCUCCCAACCUAAGUACCACUCAUCCACCUGCGACGUCAGUGACGAUCAGCAGUAUCGGCCAAUCUUAACCACUGUCCUCCGGCUGGCACCCGUUCCUCCACCCAUUCCUGCCCCGACACGAGUGCUUCCCGUACCCAAACCAAUCGGAAACGCUUCCCCUGGCGAGGAAACAUUCGUUCUUGAAGAAAAAGUGAAGUGUACGCCCAACGGCGACAAGAUGGCCCAGUGUUAG